UCCUUGUUGGCCGUUUGCCAUUAUACAGGUCUCCAUUUCACUCUUAUUCACACUGGACGCGGCUUUGGCCUUUUUCACCUAUCUGGACUGCACAUACGGAACGAUGCUGGAAACAGGACAGGCAGUAUGGGCCUGAGUCCUAAAGCAUCCAUAGUGUAAUGUCUUUUUCUUUCCUCCUUGAUCUACAUUCUAUAUGUUGCCACUUGCGAUAUUUCCUUGCUUUCUAUUCUUUUUCUUCUUCUUAUUUUUUUGUACACUACGAUCGAUCUAUUGAGGAUAACGGGACAUAUUAUCAUCUCCACACACACUCACACUCGGGAUACCCGACGUGGGAGGGAUUCGGCAGUGGGAUGGAGGUAGAAUGAAUGCGAUUGCAAUUGUAAGACUGCGCGGAAUGUAGAGAAUACGU